UUUAUAUGGUCAUCCUGCCUUUUUGCUAGAGCUAGUUGGUUUAGUUAUUAUUGUGAGGAGUAAUAUUGUACAGUCUAGAAGCAGUGGCUAAUUGCCUUACAUGGCACACACACUGUUUCGAUUUUGAAGGUUAACUAUUUUGUACACCUCCAUAUAUGAAUAUAGUUGCUCUUUAUGGAUGCUUUUGUAGCCAUUGUUCACAUUUUUUGUCUGUGGUUUUGGGAAUCUGUUACUGGACUUACUGAAGCAUACAACUCUGUUAACAUUUCUCCAUUUAGUUUUGACUUAGUUCGUUGUAAAUAAUUGAUGCUUUUACUUUCAUUAGUUUGAUAUGAUUUCUUCUAAUAUGUGAUAUAUUUUUCUUCCCUUCAUAAUUGGACAUAAGAUAGGCAUCUUAGUGCUGGAAUGGACUGUUAUGUUUCCGUAAACUACUUAAUACUGAUCUGCCUACGCUGAACUGCCCAUUUUCCUUGCACAGAGAUUCAUAUUUUUUCAAAUUUGUUAGAAAUUUAUCAUUUUGUAAAAACUCUGGUUUGUUAGAGUGAAUGGUAAUAUGAGCAUGAUAGCUGUGGAUGAGUUUUUCUACUGUUGAUGAAAGCCAGUCCCUCCCUUCCUUUGUCCUUCUUGAUCUUACAAGGGCAAGCAAGGUGAUGGGGGUUACAAGAUUUGAUACCUAUCUUAAACAUUGUGAAGCUGAUAUGAGAAACAUUGCUAACAGAUUCUUGGUCCUGUCUAUUUCAGUGAGUGGCAGAAAUUCUUAUGAUUACUCUUCAUUAGUUUUAGGUGAUGGGGGUUACAAGAUUUGAUACCUAUCUUAAACAUUGUUUUAUGCUUGUUUUGGGUAAAUGAUUCUUCAGUACCUGUCUAUCGUUGAGCAACAUUCCUAUCAGUCAAACAUAUUCUCCAGAUGUCAAACGUGAGCUGUUUAUGCUUUCUUUACCUGCAAUGUUGGGUCAGGCCAUUGAUCCCUUAGCACAGCUAAUGGAGACUGCUUACAUUGGUAGAUUGGGUUCUGUGGAGUUGGCUUCAGCUGGUAUUUCAAUGAACAUCUUCAAUUAUAUAUCAAAGCUAUUUAAUAUCCCUCUCCUCAGUGUUGCUACAUCUUUUGUUGCUGAAGAUCUUGCAAAGAGUGAAAGUAUAGCUUCUACUUCAGAAAAUGGUUGGCUAGGAGACAUUACUAAUGGUAAACCCGAACGUACUGAUGGAGUAACUGAGAGAAAGCAGCUAUCUUCAGUGUCUACAGCUUUACUAUUAUCAGUGGGGAUUGGGAUUUUUGAGGCCGUAGCCUUGUCUUUGGGAUCUGGAUUGUUUCUGAAUAUGAUGGCCAUAUCAAUGGACUCACCUAUGCGCAUUCCUGCAGAACGGUUUCUUUCACUAAGACAAUUUUCUUACAACCACACAUGUACACACCUCUAUGUGUGUGUGUGUGUGUGUGUUCCUGGUAUUGGUAAUCUCCUAGCUGCAUUUUUAUUACCCAUCCUUAUGUUUUAUUUUGGUUUGGGUGUAACUGUUGCAGCCCUUUCCACUGUUAUAUCUCAAUACACUGUCACCUUUUUAAUGAUCUGGUUUUUAAAUAAGAGAGCUAUACUAUUGCCUCCAAAGGUGGGAUCAUUGCAAUUUGGUGGAUACAUAAAAUCUGCUCAGUUCCUUUCCUUUUUCUUUAAACUUUUACCCUCUCAUAUAUCUGAAAAUAUAAGCCCUUUUUUUCAAGUGUUCUGCUUCAAUUAUUUGCUUGACUAUCAACACUAUCAUAAUAUUUGACUUUUUUCGUUUUCUGAUUGAGCAGUGCAUGUAUCUGGACAGUGUGUGUCUUAAUGUUUCAUUUUGUCUUUGUGAUGCUAGUUAAACCUCGAGAUAAUUCUCUCUUGUCUUCCUUUUCAAAGUUCUUUCCCUAAUUGCUUUUGUUUUCAACUCUGGGAUGAUACAGGUGGGUUUCUUCUUGGAACAACUCUUGCUGUUCUUACUACCUUGACAUUGGGAACAUCAAUGGCUGCUCGUCAAGCUCCAGUAGCUAUGGCUGCUCAUCAGAUAUGUAUACAAGUUUGGUUGGCUGUAUCCCUUCUAACUGAUGCAAUGGCCGCAUCUGGUCAGGCCCUGAUUGCUACUUAUUUAUGUAAAGGUGAAUACAAAAUUGUGAAAGAAGUUGCUGACUCCGUGUUAAAGAACAAGUGUUAGAAGGCCAUAAAGAAAUAGCCACAAGUUCUGAUACAUGUACAUAAAAAGUGUGAUGUUCAAACCUACAGACUUCAAGGGAAGAAGGAAGCUCUGUCCCAUAGAGGUGAUCCGUGGAGUAAACAUGUUUCUGCUACCAUUCCAAAUUGACUGGCCCCUCGAAUUGCACAAUGGCAAUAUGCUCUCCUCCUGCGACUCUAAAGUAGGCAAAACACUGGUGUUGGAAGGACAUGUAAAAGGGUUAUUGUGCAUUCCAUUGUACAAGCUUGAAUGGAUUUUCUUUUCUGUUGUAUUUGGCCUUUCUCUUUUCAAGCAUGCCA